AUGAACAAAACCACCAAUCUCAACGUUGACACUCGCAAACGCUCUUCUUCGACGGCCGCGAGCGAGAUCAUAGAUCAGCCGCCUACGAAGCAGAACCGUCAUGAGAAUCUGAGAGAACCAUCGCGCACGCCAAAAACAUGGAGACCACGAUGUGUGUUCAUGGUCGAACAUAUCAGGAAACAUCACCUUCAAUUUCAUAAUCGUAAUACGGCUGAAGGGGAGAAGAGAAACUGUGGCAUGUUCGUGAGCUUGGCCGACGCGAACUGCAGAGUGCGUGAUGUGAUGGAGGACGUGAUCGGCGAGUUCUGGCUGAGCAACGAGCAGGGAGAGGACUCGAUAUUUCGAGAGGGUGGUGACCAGUACUACGGGAACCCGGGCAAUGAUGGCGAAACAGUGGGAUCUCUCUGGGAGUUCGACGAUUGGCAUUCAGAUGUGACACACAAGGUCUAUGUGCGGGCUUAUCCUCUCACAUGGCCAAUGCACUCUGAUGGGAGCAAUAUUCACAGGAGAGACGGUUUGGAUCAAUCCAAAGUGAGGGAGCUAAGGAUUGACAUUGAUGAAAUGGAGUGGAUAGGAGUUUAG